UAAUCAAUUUAAUGACAAAUUAAUCAAGAGAAUAUAUAUUUUCAUAAUUCGAUUUGAAAAUUUGCUUCCAUAAGUCCAUAACUAAGAUCAAAUGUUUAUUUUUAUACAAACCGGAAAACAUUUUAAUACAAACAUGCAGUGGAUACGUCAGCCAGAGAUUACCGAGAUGGAUCGCCGGAAAAAUUUUGGAUCGACUCUCUGCGUAGCUCGACCGACAGCAGAGGCAAGCAUCACCUCAAGAAAGCAGCUCUCUAUCAGCCUCCUCCUGUUGCUCCUCUUGAAAACAGUGGCUUGAGUGACCAGUCGUCACACAUGAGACUGGCGGCGUUUGAGAUGCUACUCGACCAGAACCAGGGGAGCUCCACGGGGGGCCGGAGGGGCUCGGGAGGGACCGCCAACACCCCCACCCCCGCUGCUCGGCUCAAGAGCCUCUUCACCGGCAAACCAAAUGAUCACAAGACUCUGCUAGGCUCACCAAGACUACACAAAGCAAUAUUUAGAAACUCAUCUCGGGGUGAUUCCGGAGGCGAAUCCCUCAACUCACCUCCUCUAUCGCCUCCUGAGGAGGAAGCUGACGUCAUCCCGUUGCAGAAGGAAGACCCAAGCAGCAGUCCCCCCACUCCGGACUAUCCAGGCUUGGAGUACCUCCCGUGUUCGAGCCAGGCACCUACAGUCUGUCAGACGCAUCGACCAUCCUGA